CCAGGGAAGAGGGGGCUCUGCUGGACCCCACUCAGAGAGCCCUCUACAGGGAUGUCAUGCAGGAGAACUAUGAGACGGUGGUCUUGCUGGUAGGGUUUCCAAUUUCCAAACCUGAUGUGAUCUUGCAGCUGGAACGAGGGGAAGAGCCAUGGGUCCUGGACCUCCAGGGCUCUGAAAAAGAAGUGCUCCCAAGAGCUGCCUUCACAGAGUGUGACCUAUGUCUGGAUUCUCUCUGUCUCCCAUCCGGUGAUGGGAUGGUGAGUGAGAACGAGAAUGAGAAACCUCAGCAGGAAGAUGCUGUGCAAGUAGAACCAUGUGGAACAUUAUCAGGAAGAUCCAAAGGGAAUGUUUCCAGGAGUUGUGCACUCUCAGAAAACACAAAAGCCAGUGAGACUCAGCAGAGGCCAGAGGAAAACUACAGUAGCCACUCAGACCUUCUUACACGUGACAGAAUCAACUUGGAAGAGACACGCUACACAUGCGAUGAGUGUGGGAAAAGCUUCAAUCGGAGCUCACACCUUCUCAGACAUCAGAGAAUCCACACAGGUGAGAAACCGUAUGGAUGCUCUGAGUGUGGGAAAAGCUUUAAUCAGAGCUCAGACCUUAUCAGACAUCAGAGAAUCCAUACAGGGGAGACACCCUACACAUGCUCUGAGUGUGGGAAAAGGUUCAGUCAGAGCUCUGCCCUGAGCACACACAGGAGAAUCCACACAGGUGAGAAACCAUAUGGAUGCGCUGAGUGUGGGAAAAGCUUCAAUCAGAUUUCAAACCUUAUCGCACAUAGGAGAAUCCACACCUGUGAGAAACCGUAUGGAUGCUCUGAGUGUGGGAAAAGCUUCAGUCAGAGCUCAGACCUUAUCAGACAUCAGAGAAUCCAUACUGGGGAGACGCCCUACACAUGCUCUCAGUGUGGGAAAAGCUUCAGUCGGAGCUCACACCUUAUCACACAUCAUAGA